AUGAUGGGAAAUAAGUUUUGCGAUAUAGAUUGUGGGAUUAGUCUGAGCCCGAGUAGUCAGAAGAUUUUUAACGAAAUUUAUCCAGAUCCGCUAACGGGGAAAUAUGGCAUCGCAGGGCUCCGAACCUUCUCCUUCAUGUCUUUCGGCCGACAACUGCUCUAUCAGCUUACAAGUUCUUUGUUGUUUAUUGCUUGCGGCUUGUACUUGCUCAUCAAUCGCCCUUUUGCUGGAAUUGGAACUGGUUCUUGCAGAGAAAUUAUUUUCAACAAGAUAAUUGCUGAACCAACAUAA